GCCAGCGGGCGCCCUUCCCCUCUUUUCGUCCUGCUUAUCGGAGCUCAGCGACUUGCUGGUUGCUUUCUCGUUACUACAACAAUACCACGCGCUGAUCGCCGUGGGGUUGGACAGCUCCAAACAGGCAAUCAAGUCCCGAAAAAGCUCCUGGGUGGGCUCCCACGGACGACACAACCUCGCAGAGCUUUCGCGAACAGGUGCUUGGAUUGGCCUGUCCUGCUGGUAACGGGCGUUGACGCGGGUCUGUCCUUGUUUGAUUAGAUAUAACAAAUCUCUUUUCUCCCUCGACUUGCCCUUUUUACAUGUCCAAGUCCUCGUUGAAACUCCUGCUUCUGACUUCGAGGCCCUUUUCUCUCCGUCCUCUGUCCUGGAGCUGUUCUCGGAACAAGCAUAUUGAAGUGCGACUGUUUUCCACUGGCCGCCAGAUAUUGUCCAAAAUGGCAGAUUUGAAGGUCGAGCUGACAGCUCCCAAUGGGCGCAAAAUCACCUUGCCCACGGGUCUCUUCAUCAACAACGAAUUCGUCAAGUCGAGUUCCGGCGAGAAGAUCACCAGCAUCAACCCUUCGGACGAGAAGGAAAUUUGUUCCGUCGAGGCAGCGUCUGCGGAUGACAUUGACAAGGCCGUCAAAGCCGCCCGGGCAGCCUUCAAUGACCCUUCGUGGCGCGACCUGCCCGCUACCGACCGCGGCGCCCUGAUGUACAAGUUUGCCGACGUCCUCGAAGAGAACAAGGAGACACUUGCCACGCUGGAAACAUGGGACAACGGAAAACCAUACAGUGUCGCGUUGAACGAGGAUUUGGGCGAGGUCGUAAACACCAUUCGAUACUAUGCUGGUUGGGCGGACAAGAUUCACGGCGAGACAAUCCCCACCAACCCCCAGAAGUUUGCCUACACUCUCAAGCAGCCCAUUGGCGUUUGCGGCCAGAUCAUUCCCUGGAACUACCCCCUGGCCAUGGCAGCAUGGAAACUGGGUCCGGCUCUCGCUUGCGGCAACACUGUGGUUCUGAAGCCCGCAGAGCAGACUCCUCUUUCGAUUCUGUACCUCGCAAGUCUCGUUCCGGGUGUUUUCCCUCCAGGUGUCAUCAACAUCGUAAAUGGCUUUGGUAGAGAAGCGGGCCACGCUCUCGCCUCUCAUCUGGACGUGGACAAGAUUGCCUUCACCGGCAGCACGGUCACGGGGAAACAAAUCAUGAAGACAGCCAGCGUCAACAUGAAGAACAUCACCUUGGAGACGGGCGGUAAGUCGCCCCUUCUCGUCUUCGACGACGCCGAUCUCGAGCAGGCCGCCAAAUGGGCCCACAUUGGAAUCAUGUCAAACAUGGGUCAGAUUUGUACUGCCACCUCGCGCGUGCUUGUGCAGGAAGGCAUUUAUGACAAGUUUGUCGAGCAGUUCAAGGAGGUGGUCAAGACCACGUCCAAAGUCGGCGACCCAUUUGCGGACGACACUUUCCAAGGUCCUCAAGUUACCAAGGCCCAAUAUGAGAAAGUGCUCGGAUACAUCGAGAGUGGAAAGUCGGAAGGCGCGACCCUCGCAGCUGGCGGUGUGCCGCACAAGAACGUCGGUGACGGAAAGGGUUUCUUCAUUGAACCCACCAUCUUCACAGGCGUCAAGGACGACAUGAAGAUCUACCGUGAAGAAGUCUUUGGCCCCUUCGUGGUGAUUGCAUCAUUCAAGACGGAGGACGAGGCCGUGCGCAUGGCUAAUGAUACGACUUAUGGUCUGGGCAGCGCAUUGUUCACGAGCAAUAUCGAGCGUGCACACCGUGUGGCAGCCAGAAUCGAGGCUGGUAUGGUCUGGAUCAACUCGUCGAACGAUUCGGACUUUAGAGUACCGUUUGGCGGUGUCAAGCAGAGCGGCAUUGGACGAGAGCUGGGCGAAGCUGGACUAGCAGCAUACAGCCAGACGAAGGCGGUGCAUGUGAAUCUGGGGCUGAAGUUGUAGGUGAAGAGGCGAGAACGAGUGAGGAAAGGAUGAGGUGGGAAUUUGACCACUGGGACCAAGAAAUUUGGACGAAGAAGCUUGCCAUAAGGACAAGGUUAUAUUUGAAAAGUUGACAAGAUUAUAUCCGGCAUAGCACUUGUAAGUCCAUGAACACGAUAUCAAGAUCGUGUGCGUUGAAAUCCCGAUCUUGUGAGGGUGGUUGACAUCCAUACAAGAGCGAAGAAACUCAGGGGAAUACUUGUAUGGCACGUUGAUCUUCUUU